AUGAACAAAUGUUGUCUAAGGCUAUUCACUGGCCUUCAGCAAGAUCAUGGUCAGAACUCACAAUCUCAAUCUCGCAACUUCAGGUCUAUUAUGAAUGCACUCCCAAAUCUCUCUUUCAUCUUAGAGGCAACAGCUGCAGCCACCCGAAUUUUUGAGAUCACUGACCGGAUUCCAGAAAUAGACUCUGAAAAUGAAAAAGGGAAAAUUCUUGCAUAUGUGAGAGGAGAAAUUGAAUUUAAAGAGGUUGAAUUCAGUUACCCAUCAAGACCCACUACCAAGAUUCUUCAAGGGUUCAAUCUUAAAGUGAAAGCUGGUAAAACAGUAGGCCUUGUUGGAGGUAGUGGUUCGGGCAAAUCCACAAUCAUUUCCUUGCUUGAAAGAUUCUAUGACCCUGUCAAAGGAAAUAUUCUCCUGGACGGACACAAAAUAAAGAGGCUUCAGCUUAAGUGGUUGAGAUCUCAAAUAGGUCUGGUCAAUCAAGAACCAGUCCUCUUCGCCACAUCCAUAAAGGAGAAUAUUCUGUUUGGCAAAGAAGGAGCUCCAUUGGAACUUGUUGUAAGAGCAGCUAAGGCAGCAAAUGCCCAUGGUUUCAUCUCCAAAUUGCCUCAAGGAUAUGAAACUCAAGUUGGGCAAUUUGGAAUUCAGUUGUCUGGAGGGCAAAAGCAAAGGAUUGCCAUUGCAAGGGCUUUAAUAAGAGACCCAAGAAUCCUUCUUCUUGAUGAAGCUACAAGCGCUUUGGAUGCAGAGUCUGAAAGAAUAGUACAGGAAGCACUGGAUCAAGCUUCCUUAGGAAGGACAACAAUCAUGAUUGCCCAUCGCCUCUCGACGAUCCAUAAGGCCGACAUAAUAGUGGUUCUUCAAUCAGGAAGAGUGGUUGAAUCGGGUUCUCACAAUGAUCUGAUCCAGAUGAACAAUGGACAAGGAGGGGCCUAUAGCAGAAUGUUGCAAUUGCAGCAAUCAGCUAUGCAAAGUAACUCCAGUUUCUAUCGUCCAGCGGAUGGCACAAGCCAUAGCAGAACGAUGAGUGCCCAGACUCCGGUAAGUGUGACCUCAAGCUUGCCAAGCAGUCCAGCUUUCCUCUUUAGCCCAGCAUUUUCCAUUAGCAUGGCACCCUCCAUCCAACUGCAUUCCUACGAUGAAAGUGACAGUGAAAACCUGGAGAAAUCUUCUUACCCUCCUUGGCAAUGGCGUUUGGUGAAAAUGAAUUUACCAGAGUGGAAGAGAGGCUUGAUUGGGUGUAUAGGGGCUGCAGUCUUUGGAGCAAUUCAGCCAACCCAUGCCUAUUGCUUGGGAACAGUUGUCUCAGUCUACUUCCUAAAAGACGAUUCAUCCAUCAAAUCACAAACCAAAUUCUAUUGCUUCAUCUUCUUAGGCCUGGCGGUUCUCAGCUUCAUAGCAAAUCUCCUCCAACAUUACAAUUUUGCAAUCAUGGGAGAGCGUUUAAUUAAAAGAGUGCGGGAGAAGAUGCUUGGAAAGGUUCUUACAUUUGAGAUUGGGUGGUUCGAUCAAGAUGAGAAUACAAGUGCAGCCAUCUGUGCACGGUUAGCCACUGAAGCCAACAUGGUUCGGUCGCUGAUUGGAGAUCGUAUAUCAUUGCUGGUUCAGGUUUUCUUCAGUGCUUCUCUCGCUUUUAUGGUUGGAUUAAUAGUCACAUGGAGAUUAGCUAUUGUAAUGAUAGCCAUGCAGCCUCUACUCAUUGGGAGCUUCUAUUCGAAGAGUGUUCUGAUGAAGAGUAUGUCUGAAAAGGCCCUGAAAGCACAAAAUGAAGGAAGCCAACUAGCAAGUGAAGCAGCUGUUAACCACAGGACCAUCACUGCCUUUUCCUCUCAGCAAAGAAUAUUGGGUCUGUUUGGAGCCACAAUGGAAGGCCCCAAGAAGGAGAAUAUCAAACAGUCAUGGAUUUCAGGCUUUGGUCUCUUCAGCUCACAGUUUCUGACAACAGCCUCUAUAGCUUUGACUUACUGGUAUGGAGGGAGGCUAAUGAUUCAUGGAUUAAUAACCCCAAAGCACCUGUUUCAAGCUUUCUUCAUCCUGAUGAGCACCGGUAAGAACAUUGCAGAUGCAGGAAGCAUGACUUCUGAUUUGGCCAAAGGGAGCAGGGCCAUGAGAUCUGUUUUUGCAAUCCUAGACAGGCAAAGUAAGAUUGAACCUGAAGAUCCAGAAAGAAUCAUGGUUAACAAGGCAAUUAAGGGCUGCAUAGAACUCAAGAACGUAUUCUUCUCAUACCCAACAAGGCCUGACCAAAUGAUCUUCAAGGGGCUCUCUCUCAGAAUUGAAGCUGGUAAAACAGCUGCACUUGUGGGAGAGAGUGGUUCAGGAAAAUCCACUGUCAUUGGGCUGAUUGAGAGGUUCUAUGACCCACUCAACGGAUCAGUACAGAUAGAUCAACAUGACAUCAGGAGCUAUAAUUUGAGAAAACUGAGGUCACAUAUUGCCUUGGUGAGUCAGGAGCCCAUUCUCUUUGCAGGAACCAUCUAUGAGAACAUUGUUUAUGGGAAAGAGAAUGCUACAGAAGCUGAAAUAAGGAGGGCUGCACUUCUUGCUAAUGCUCACGAAUUUAUAAGUUCUAUGAAAGAUGGAUACAAAACUUACUGUGGAGAAAGAGGAGUCCAGCUAUCAGGGGGCCAGAAGCAAAGGAUAGCACUCGCUCGAGCAAUAUUGAAGAACCCGGCAAUCAUUCUUUUAGACGAGGCAACCAGUGCCCUUGACAGUAUGUCAGAAAAUCUAGUUCAAGAAGCUCUGGAGAAGAUGAUGGUUGGCAGGACUUGUGUAGUUGUAGCUCACCGGUUAUCCACAAUACAGAAGUCGGACACCAUAGCUGUGAUAAAGAAUGGGAAGGUUGUGGAACAAGGCUCCCAUUCUGAUCUACUUGCUGUUGGACAUGGCGGGACUUACUACUCUUUAAUAAAGCUACAGGGCAAUCAUUCUCCUUAUCGGUGAGCCAAGGCAACUGUUCUUCGGAAAGCUAUGCUUAGAUGAUUCUCAAAUAUGAAGAUUAGCAUUACAAAUGGAAUAUGACCUCUUCCUAUCUUAGCAGCCUACCUUUAUGAAGUUUCAGCAUUUGCUUACCCUGAAGGAGCAGUAGACGACUCCAAUAGAAGUCCCCGCACAAUGAUAUGAAUAAUUCUAUAUAAUCUAUGACCAUCUAAGCAAUAUUCUGAAGUUCAAUUGCAUUCAUGUAAGGCUAAGAAGGACGUGGCUUAGAGUCAGCCACACGAGACUGGUUGAGUCGUGUGUAGUCGAAGAUCAAAAUUUCAAAACAAUGGACCCAAUUCAACAUAUUCUAUAUAGCGCAGCCACAUAGUAACUAAUGAAGUUUUUAAUCAUACGAGUAGAGAUAUAAGGAUUGGAUGGUAAUCCACUUCUUUAAUUUUUACAGCACAUUGAUUCCAGCGACCCCCAACAGACUGAAGUUUCUUGGCAACAAAUAGCA